GUCACUUUAAAAAAACAUGAUGAAUGGGUUAGUUGAAAAUGUUCAAGUAAUUUUACGUUUUUAUCCGAACCUUCUAGCGAAUAUGUAUUUAGUUUCCGGAACUAUGAGAUGGAAUGUUAUAUAAAUAUCAAAGUACAAAACAAAAUUUACCAUGCAACAAUAGGUAUUUUUUAAAUUGCCUGAGAAAAUUACAAUUAAGCAAAUAAGUGGUGGAAUAUAAACAUGACAUAACUGGCCCAAUCAACAAUAAGUAGGCUUACGGUGAAGCAAGAUACCAAUUCAGUUGGUGAAUGAUCUUAUACUGUUAGGUAAUGCAAACAUCAUAAACUAGAGAAAGUGAGCCCCAUUUAUUCUAAGCCAUUGAUGCUCAUUGAAAUAAAUCAAUUUUCAGUUAAGUAUUUAGCAUUAAUAUUUUAGAGUUCAACGCGUAACUGCCAGCAUUUUUACACCAUUUGGUCAAGUCUUAAUUGUUCUUGCAGAGUGCACCAGUCAGCCUUGUGGAAACGCUAAACGCCCAAAAAUUGGGCAAAUAAAAAUUCAGUUCUGCUAACUUAAGCAUCAAUUUAUAAUUGUGCAACAGUAAAGUCGCUUAACAGUUAUAUUAAUAGAAACAAUGCAAAAGACACCUGCCGAGUUCUUGAGCGCACAGGAGAUUGCCUUACAUUUGCACAACUAUAUGAAUAACAUUAAAACACGAAAAUUAAGUCAAUGUCAAAAGAUGUAUAUGACUUCCUAAUUACUUGCGGUGCUUGAUUUGAUAUUUAUGCUUUUUUUGAACGGAAAUUGCCUGAUUUUUACAAUUAAUAUUAAUUUGCCACUUCGAUUGAAACGUUUUUAACGUGAAUUAUUUAACUGCUCGUUUAUUAUUUUAUUAAAUUUAAAUUUGAAAAUUAAUUCUAGUUAUUUAACGCAAAAACAAUUUUAUUGUUAAUUUGAUAAGGGAGUAGCAGUCAUACAUAAGCAAUCUCCGUUGUAGGUUUGCAAUUUUGUAUCAAUCCCUAGUAAUUCAAAUUAACAAUGGAAUAGCGCGGUCCAAACAUCAUAUUAUCACAAAGAUAAAAAGGAAGCAACAAAGCCAGUUUCUCAAGAAUAGCAGAUUUUACAUGCAGAUUACGCCGUUUGUCUGAUGGGCGGUUGUGGAGGUUUGGUAAGAAAAUGGCAUGCGAAGAAUGAAGCAAUAGGAUGUUACCUUACUUUGGGGUGGGAUAAGACGCAUCAAAAUGGAAAUAAGGCAAAUUUCACCAGUGUUUACCGCGAAGAUCGUGCGAAAUGUCGGAUGAUGAUGUAAAAGUAAGAAGAUAAAUUUGUUACAUGUUAAAACCAGACAGCUACCAUGAAGUGUUUAUGGAUUAUAAUCAUAGCUUUAAUUUCCGGUACAUUUUCAAUCCAGACCCAUAUUCAAAGACCAAUUAGAUAUAUCGACCAAAAAACGUAUCCAGGCAGAAACUUGGACAUUCCUGCUUCAGUGAGCAGCAUUUUCGAUUGGGAACAUGGUUUAAGAGAGGCCACAGUGCAAGCACUAUUCAGGGAACAUAUUGGGGAUCAUAACUUAAGACAGCAAAUUUACAGUGCCCCCUUAUUAGGUAAGCAAGAUAAAGCCACACCGUUUGGCGACAUAGCGAUAUUGGCAAGAGGGCAGCUUUAUGCCAACUAUGCAAGUUAUAUAUUUGUACAGGAUCCCUAUCAAAAUGACUGCGAUGAUUGCGACACUAUCGAAGUAGAACCCAUCAGAACUCGAUGCAUAAAAGCUCGUUGCCAGAUUUGGCACCCUCGAAGCAACGAGCAGCUAAUAGCCAUUUGGUCAAUAAAGCGCAUUAGACAUAGAGCCGCAAAAGAUGGACAUGAUAGAAUGGAAUUGGAAUUUACUAUCUCACCUGUUGGUUUGAGAUAUCCCCAUCAGUUGUACUUGACAAAAGAUGGCGCAUAUAACUAUGGUUUACCAGGUCAUGUGUUUCUGUUAAAGAAGGCAGAUUUGUACCCAAACCUGGACAAUCAGCAACAUUUCAAGGAGGGCGCAUUCAUUGCGCAAAGUCCAGAUGGAAGGAAAUUUCUUUUGCAUCAGUUUCCUGGAAAAUUAGCCACAGAACCUCUUGGAUAUCCAUCCACAAAAGAUUCGCUUUCCACUAGCUCAACAACUACCACUCAGUAUUCUGAGGAGGAUGCCAAAAAAUUAUAUCAAAAAUUGUUGGAAGCUCUAAAUAAAAAGACUUCGCUUGAACCCAACAGGUUUACACCAUCAACACGUCCAGCGACGACUUUAGUUCAGUUUCCUGAUGGUCAAGUGGUACCGAUCACAGAAGUGAAACCUCCAUUCACCACAAAAACAACCUCCACAAUUCGAUUUCCGGAAACUCCAUUUUCUAAGCAGCCAAUACCAACUACUACCUCCAGUCAAGCACCAUUCCGACCAUCCAGCCCAUUAACAACCGACAGUUUUCUGCCAACACUUCCCCAAUUUCAACCUCAGACUUAUGAGACUGUGGGCACUAGUAAGAAAACAACUCCGCAUAACUUUUUCACCACUGUUCAGCAGACCGUUCCCUAUUACCCAACUCAAACAACAACAAAUUCCGCAACAAGACCAUUUUACACGGUCGAUAGUAUACAAAGGCCACAAUAUCCGGAGACUACUCAAAGUCUAGGCACAACUAAGUCCCCGGUUAAAACAACAUUUCACUUUUUUGCUGCUGAGGAGAAAGAAGAACCCACAAAGACCGUUUCCAAUAAGAAGCCUGUGUUGUCGUCCUUUCAUCAACAGGAGUCUACUACGGAAAAUAUUUGGUUUGAAAGUGCUGCACCUACGCAACCCAGUAAAAAACCAACGUCUGCAAUUAAUGAGCCCAAAGAGGAAAAUACUCAAACUACCAAAUAUCAAGACACCAUCAGGCCUCCUUUUAACAAGGUUAGUCAUCCGCUAACGGGGACUGUUACCAAAGUAACUAGACCUGUGGUGGAAACUACCUACAAUUCCAAUACAAGUCCUUACCACAGUACCCAGACUAGUACCACGAUAAUUCACUCGAAUAUAUUUGAACCGUCGGUGAAUUCGUAUCAGACAACCCAUAAACCAUCCACUGGGUUUACUAUACCAAUAACCGUUCUGGAUAACACUUCACCAGCGCUUGAUUCGAAAGAAACUUUUUCGCCUACGGAGGAUGAUGAGCAGAUAUUUACUGCACCGCACCUAACUUCACCAACUGUUAAUGAACCUACUUUUACUCCAACUAAUGUUAAGUACACAAAUACUCAAUUUUACAACCCUACAACGGAGCUACCUAAAAACGACAUUACAACUCUCUACAAAGGACCAGCUGAUUUCGAAACUCACGAACCCACACGAGAUUCCACAUCUUUUGAAAGCAUUUUGACCAAUUCGACAAAUCAAGGCCCGAUGGAGACAACUUUGGGAGUUACCACUCUUAUGACCAAAACAACUGGUAUGGUUUACUAUACAGCUGAAGAGACACAGCCUUCCAGUCCAGCCCCAACUACACCUACACGAUAUGCAGAAUUUGACUCUAGCUCUAGCGAAAAUACCAAACCCACUAUAAUUCCUUUGAAAAUGAGCACGCCGAAAAGAAUUCUAACAACGAUAUCAGCCGAUGGGACAGUUUCUGUAAAAACAACCCCAUUUAACUCGCAAGAAGAAUUGUUCGGACCAACAAAGAGUUCAGCGGCAAGAUACAAAACGACCAAGUCUCUUAAGGCGAGUACAACAGAGGCCAGCGACUUUUUGCUUGAUAAUGCUUCACUGGAAGUGAACGGUCCGCUGUAUAAAAAACCGCAGAAGGAUUAUAGUGAAGAUGACAUAUUUGGGCCUGACAGAGGAACUAACACGAGAACUACAAAGAAGCCCCGCUUAGUGAAGCAGCAUACAAAGUCUGACUUUGAACAGGAAUUGUUUGAUAGAAAUAAUCGCAAAUCGAAGCAUCUUAGAAGCAGGCCUACAACAGAAGUGACCCCUUCCAAAGUAAUUUAUUCGAACCUCUUCGAGAAAAUUACAGCACCAAUGACAACGCCUGUUACUACUUUGUCCAGUAAUGGUGUUACACCAACUGCGGAAACAUCAUUGUCGAAGUUAGUACCUCAGCCGACUCUAAAAACUAUCAACAUUUCUAAAAGAUUUAAACCAGCUACCGAGGUUGGUCGAACAAGAAAAGAGGAGACAGACAAAACAAUUCCGGUUACCAGCCAAAGUUACUUAACUUCCAUUUCCUAUGAAAUAAACAGAAAAAGAAAGCCUACGAAAAAUAACUUGGCGAAAAUUUCACCUUCAAACGAUAACGACAUUGGCGAUUUUGCUCAUAGAUUGGUAAGUCAAGCUAAAGGUGUGGAAUAUUUGGACAAUGUGGAAACGACCACGGCAGCAACCACCACCACAAAUGCCAGCGCAAAAACAACUAGAAAGUCGAAAUAUACAAGACGAAGGACUUAUGUGGCUAGAACAAAGAAAAUCAAUAGGAAGCCAGCAGGAAAAAAUGGAAAUCAUUCAGCUCAAGCUAAAAAAUAAUUUUAACUGGAUGAUUGACAAUGCCAUAAAAUUGUUUCCGGGAUAUGGUAAAAACAAAAUGUAUUUAUAAUAAAAUAUGAAUUUAAUUUUAUUAUUAGUAUGUAAAGAAAUACUAUUUAUUUUGCUAAUUUUGUAAUAAUUCUGUUUUAAGAUAAUGUAAGACUGUAUAAAAUAACUAUGUUGUCUCUCAAGCAUUAAAAAUCAUUAGAUAAUGUUAAAGACCCUUAGCUAAAGGAGUCCCUUAACCAUGCCAAAAAUAAAAUUAUAAGAUUAUAUAGAUGAAGCACAUUUUAAAAUAAAAGUAGGCACAUACUUUCAGAAUACUUAAACAUUUUUGUUUCUGAUAAACAUUAGUCUGCCAAGUGUAAGCAAUGAUACCUCAAAUAUUAUGAAAGCGUUCACUGAUUUGCGGUGAAUUACAUUUUUGCAUUCACUACCUGUAUAGUUUAAUAUGAACUCGUAAAUAUUUUGUUAGAAUUAAAUUUAAAUAGCAGAUAAAUCGAUUAAAUUACA